AUGCCUGAAACCUUUUCACAAAAAAGGAAAGCUGUCUCGGUUGAUAAUCAUGAAAUGUUAGAAGAUUCUGGUAAACAGAAAUGUCUGAAAGUUGAAGAUGAAUCAAGAUUAACAUUCAAUCAAGUUCUAUCAGUUGAAACACAUGGAAUCUUAAAUUUUUAUGAAGAAAAUGGACCAAAUCUUACCUUCUCAAAACCUUUUAAUGAUGAAUUUAUUCUAAGAGUCAAUGAAGCAUUUGAUUCUACUUAUGGAAAACCUUUUGCCAAAGAAAACCUUCAACAAGCAACAAAAUGGCUGCAUUUCCGAGGUCUGGUUGUGUCCAAGUUCACUGCAGGAAGAAAACCUACCUUGGGAGAGCAAAUUUCACAAUAUCUCAAUAAUGAAGUCCCUCACGGAUUUCAUCUCCACAUGCCCAAUGGAAGCAUUGUCAUUCCAAAGGGAUUACUUUUACUUGUCACAAUCACUCACCUUUAUGCAAUUAGGAUUGUCAUUUUCUCCACACAUAAAAAACCAGUUGAAAUUGGCUCAGGCAGAGAUAGAACUUGUCAUACAGUUGCACUCCUGAGACAUCAAGAUUCAAUAUUAUCAGAAGGAGCAUGGUAUGCACUUGAACUGGCAAAAAAUUGGGUCAAGCAAACAGCUACAAUACAUAUGGACAUGGUCACAUCAAUGGUCUCUCCACCUGCAAUCAAAAGGUCUCAAGGAGCAGCUCCUAAGAAAGAGCGCCUCCAAAAUGAUUACAAAAAGGAAAUAAGAGGGAAUCCCACAUCACAAAAACUAGCCAAGUUUAAGGAUAAAAAUAUUAAUCAGAAAUCACCACCUCGAGGUUACCUUGAAAAAGUAUUAGAAAAACUUAAUGAAAUGAUAGAUACAAGUAACAUGAAUACACUUGGUUUGUCUGGCUGUCUUGGGAGAAUCAAAGAGCCCAACACAAUGCAGAUAUGGAAAGAAGUAGUAGGAGAAUAUCUGACAGCUAUUUCGAUGAAUAUUGGUACUUUAGCUACUACUCCUUCACAGGAUUCUGGUUCUAGAAUGAUCUUGACUGAACAAGAUGAUGAUGAAGACAUGAAUGACAACUAUCGUGUUGUUACAACUACUCUAUGGCAGAUUGUUCAAAAUGAUCAUAACUUGGCUGAUAUAGAACAGCAAUUAGUUUCCGAACAAAAUGUUAAUCAUCAAGUAUUUAAAUCUUUUUGCAGUGUUAUUCAAGAGGCCACAAACAUGGUCAUCUCAGGAAAAGUAUUUUCUUUUCUGGGUAAUCCAGAUGUUGAAUGUCUUGAUCUUACAAAUGUUUUUCCACAGGGAUAUAAUUUUGGAGAAUAUAAAUCCAUAGUCAAUAUAGCAUCAAUCUGUGAGGAUGUGUCAGCCUUGAUCGAUGCUGGGUUCUUCUCUUUUUCUCAUUUUGAAAACUUAUUUUAUGGUUGUAUUGGAAAAGCAGUGCGAAAAGAGUCUACGCUUUUUGAGCAAAUUAGAAAUGAGAUUAAUUUGAAAAAAGUUGUACCUUCAGCAAUUGCUAAUUCAACGAGUAAUACGUCAACAAUUAACAUAUGGAAUAGAGACAUAUAUAACAAAAGUUUAUGUAAUGUUAUCCGAAUUCUCCUUCGGAUUCAUCUUGCACCUGAAAGAAUGGUAAGAUAUCAAAAAAUUCAACAGAGGAAAGCUAAGGAGAAACAACCAAAACAAUCAAAAAAGAAGUCACAGGGUCUAAGUCAAUGGUAUCUUAUGAAUGAACUUGCAUUUGCCAUCAUUAACAAUCGAUCAAUAUUUGUUGUACAAAAGAUCAUGAAAAAAUUGCAACACUCAUUAAAUAUGCCAACUGGGAGUCUAGACAUGGAAAUCCAGAGUGAAAUAGAGCUAGAUGAGUGGGAUGGUGAAGAAGAUGAUAUAGAAGAUAUAAAGGAAGUAGAAGAGAUAAUUACUGAAUUCAAGAUUCAAGAGUCAUCUGCAAAAACAAUCCGGUCCCUUAUAUCAAUUGUUCGUAUGCUAACUGAGUCAGCAAAAAUCAAACAUGCUAUCACAUCAGAUGAUAUUCAAAAGGAAGCUUUCAAAGGAACAAAUUUUACUGACAAAGAAAAGACUGUGUCAGCAAAGAUUGUCAACUUUCUUUGGCCUUUUGUUCAAAAACGCACAAUUGACAAUUAUCUUCCAGAGCCACACAUCCUAAUUAGGGAUGUUAAUCAGUCCUUUUGGGACCGGGUCCUGAACAGUCUGGACUGGACUUUUUCAG